AUGCCUUCUGAAUCACAAACCUUCCUUCUCGUUCCCAGCAGCAACUUCAGCCAGCAAGGAACAAUUGACUGGGUCAGUCUAGAAGCACAAGUUCUUUCUUUUUCAUUUGGAAUAUUAGGUCGAUUAUCCUCUGCCAACGUUGACGGACUCACCAUCUCAGUCGGCCAAAUUCUCUGUCAAAGAUUCUGUCUUGGCCCUACUGGCAGAUCAAAUGUACAAGAAGCGUUAGCAAAAUUGAGAUCGUACAGCGGUUUUGGGGAUAGCUUGUGGUUUGGCUUCGGCAUAAGGAGUCUUGUGCGGACAAUGGGAAAUUCACAAGAAGGAACAGCAUUAUUAGCAUUAUGCGGCGCUAUGGGAGAAUGCUUCCCUACGAACCUAGGAGCCGAAGUGCUGCUCGAAAUGACCCAGCUUUACGAUCUCCCAGGACAUCUUACUCCAUCCGGACUUCAGUGGUCAGCACUAAUAAAGGCAUGCGCCGGAGUGUUUGCAGCAACUCCUUUCCCAGUGCUAGCUGAGCAAUUCAUGACCCUCGGGCCAUCCAAGACACGUUUUACAACGUAUGUUAUGGAUAUUCAAGCAGUUACGACGGGUAGAAGUUUUCCCUUUCCGAAAGACCUUGCAGCAGCAUUGACAGGCAUGUUCAAAGUCUCUUGCAAGGAGAUCUCUUCUAUAUUGAUCAGGGGGGGGCCAGCCUGUGGCUGGCUUGCGGCUGUCGCAUUUUGGCUUCUCGAUUUAUCUGUGACCAUCUCUUGUGAAGGACAAUUACUCUACUCGAACAUUUCAACACAAUCCGACGCCCAAAUCCAGCUCAUUUUUGACUCUGAUAUCGACGCAAAUCCACUGGACAUGCAAUUGGUCACGAAUACCUAUUACUUGAGAAACAGUGCUGAAUUCCUACAUCGGGAAUCUGAUGAUUUACAAAUGACAACUAUGAGCGGAAGGCUUCGCUGGGGCAAUUGCCUCUCUGAAGCAUUUGGGGCCGAUUUCCUGAGACUUAUGAAAAAUCCUAAACUUGUCGGCACUGCUAUAGGUUGUGCAGCACGUAUCUUCAAGGCGUUCGCUUGUGGCGAUCCGAGCAUUGACCGAGAGAUUCUAGGUGAAUGGCGAUCCCAUUUCGACUCCGCAAGUGGUUUGGGAUUCGUUGGGAAUACCCUUGCAUGGUUCCCAGAGUUGGAAGUUACGAAAGAAAACAUGGAAUUUGGAGUACGGUUGAGUCUUAUCGAUGCGCAGAUACGCUAUGAACAGCAAAUCGUCCUCAUAGAGGAGAUAUGUAAAUGUGCCGAAUGCUUCCACGGAGGCCCUACAGAAGAUGAGGCACUCUGUCUUUCAGUAAUUUUUGAAUCCAUUGUGGUCAUGUCUACGGCUAUGGCUGGUAUAUCGAUCGCGGAUGGGAUUCUGCCUUCACGAGCUGGCUUUGAACUAUUUUACGUCAGGCAGCGACGACUGAGGACGGACGCAGAUGAGGACUUUCUAGAAAAGGUGAAACGCAUCGGUUACAUACAUCGAGUUUUGGAAACAACAACCCGCAAUAUUAAUUCGGAUAUUUCAAUAGCAGAAACUAGGCUUUUGGAUGCGACGAAACUCUUCACAGGUCAAGAAACCUUCGGUCUAGGCCAUAUACUCGAUAUCACUGCAGUCUCCACCGGCGGACUUUGCCUUUACCUCGAUAUGCUUCGGGAGCUAUCACUUGACCGGAACUUGGUUGGAAGAGUGCAUGUCGUGCCUGGUAAAAUUGAACGGAAUGGAAAGCCAUUUGACUUCGUAUCAGAUCGAGAGUAUCAUCCUAAUGGACAUUACACCGGCUUGACGGAUGAAGUACCAGACUUCACUGAGAUCUCAAUGCUUGCCCAAGAGCAUGUUCGCUCUCUGAGGGUCAGUUAUAAGCUUGAGGAUAAAAAGGGUGCAGCCGUUCAUAUUGACCCCGGAAAGUUAGCGGAUGAAGCGUGCUUAGCUCAAGGCUUGGUAUAUUGUCGGAACCGACAGUGCAAGGAAGUCAUCUCCUUCGCGCACAGUGCCGAGAAAGUUGAGUGUGUUUCUGUCCAUGGAAAGGCGGUCACUGUCGCAAGAGGUGACGAACGAUUUCGCUGCGUCUUGCUGUCUCUGGAGACAAACCAACGGUUGGAAUCAACGGCGCACUGUGUUUUGCGUAUGAAUGAGUGUCUACAAUGCUGUUUUCGGGCUGCUGUAGGUAUAGAUGAUGGCCGACCGGUACUUAUUAUUUCAUGA